CAACAUGGACUACGAUUUCUCAAAUAAAGUAGUACUAGUAACUGGCGCGAGUGCUGGCAUAGGCGAGGCUAUAGCUCUCCUGUUCGCUAAACUUGGCGCGAAGCUGUCGCUGGUGGGAAGGAAUGAGGCUAACUUGCGAGCAGUUGCGGCCGAGUGCGAGAAGCAGAAGGGCGUGAAGCCGCUGGCGAUUGUCGCGGACCUGGGGACUGAUGAGGGGGUCCAAAAGACUGCUAAGGAGACUCUCGAUCACUUUAAGAGAUUGGAUGUCCUCGUGAACAAUGCAGCUAUUGGAGUCGCCACAUAUAUUCUGCACGACACAGACAUGCAGUUGUUCGACGAUGUGUUCAGGAUCAACGUGAGAGGAGUGUACCAACUCACCAAGUUGCUGGCACCAGCCCUCAUCGAGACCAAAGGCAACAUAAUUAAUAUCUCCAGCGUAGUGGCGACUAUGGUUUCUGUCGGUAGCUUGCCGUAUGGCAUGACGAAGGCUGCACUGGACCACUUCACUCGUCUCGUGUCUCUGGAGCUGGCUCCUAAGGGCGUCAGAGUUAACGCAAUUAGCCCUGGUAUCACUGUGUCAGAAUUCGUGAAGCGAGUUACCGGCUUUACGCAGGAGCAAUAUGUGGAAUUUUUGAAAACAUUCAGUAAGAAGAUCCCCAUGGGAGAGCCAUGUGUAGGAGACGACAUAGCUCGUAUGGUCGUGCACAUCGCCAGUGACCACAGCAGGCUGGUCACAGGGACCGUCGUGGAAGUGGAUGGUGCCUAUAGGUUCAGCGGUCCAACGCCACAAUCAGCUCUUAAUAAGAUUAAAUAAAGUGACCACUUAUUUAUAAAAAAAAAACCAUGCUUGUGAUAUUUUAUUAUUUUACAUA